AUGGUCGCCCGACCAUCAAUCAUGCUACCAAAGUUCGAUCCAGCAAACCAUAACGCGUGCCUGUCUAUUUUUGAGGACGUGACCACCAACACAAAGCAGAUUCAAGAUUCCGUUUUGGAGUCUAUACUUUCGCGCAAUGCUCAAACCGAGUAUCUUAGUGGUUUCCUCAACGGUAAAUUCGAUAAGCAAAGCUUCAAGAAGAACGUACCAGUAAUUACUUACGAAGAUUUUCGGUCUUAUAUUGAUCGUAUCGCCAAUGGUGAGCCCUCUGAUAUUAUUUGUGAUCGACCCAUCACUGUUCUCUUGGUCAGCUCAGGUACUUCAGGAGGAGUUCCAAAGUUGAUACCUUUGACAGCAGAGGAUAUGGACCAGAGGAAUUUGUUUGUAUCUCUCUAUAGACCUCUACCCUUCAAGCACAUCAAAGGGCUUAGUGAAGGAAAAUCCCUAUUGUUUUAUUUCUUGACUAGAGAAAGUGAAACAGCCUCUGGAUUACCUGUCAGGACUAUGAUCACUUGUGUUUUAAAAAGCGUGACCCCUGCCAACAAAUUUAUCUGGGAGCGAAUACAGAUAAGCCCACAUGAGAUUGCGACUUGUCCAGACACUACACAGAGCAUGUACUGUCAACUACUUUGUGGGCUUAUACAACGAGGAAACGUAUCUCGCCUUGGUGCACCAUUUGCUUCUUCCUUCCUAAAAGUAAUCAACUUCUUGGGAGAUCACUGGACUGAGUUAUGCUCCAACAUAAGAACAGGCCGUGUCAGCGACUGGAUUACGGACCAUCAGUGUAUUUCAGGGAUUAGUAAGUUCCUCUCCGCUCCAAACCCAGAACUAGCGAGCAUAAUCGAGCAAGAAUGUGGUAAAACAUCAUGGGAGGCAAUAGUUAAGAGACUAUGGCCAAAUGCUAAAUGCAUUGAAGCCGUUGUUACUGGGUCCAUGUCACAGUAUAUACCGAUGUUAGAGUUCUAUGGUGGUGGUCUUCCUGUUAUUUCAUUGUUUUAUGGAAGCUCUGAAUGUUUAUUUGGUCUUAAUAUAAAUCCUUUGAGUAAGCCUUGUGAUGUGUCUUACACCACCGUUCCAAGUAUGGCUUACUUCGAGUUCUUAGAGGUCAAGAAAGAAAAUCAAGAAGAUGGUAAUGAUGUGAACCCUGUGGUCAUCGAUCUUGUAGAUGUUAAAAUUGGCCAUGAUUAUGAACCUGUUAUCACAACAUUUUCAGGUUUGUAUAGGUACCGGUUAGGAGAUGUUUUACGAGUAACGGGCUUCUACAACAACGCGCCACAGUUUCAGUUCGUGGCAAGAAAUAAGGUUGUUUUAAGCAUCGACAUGGACAAGACCUACGAAGAAGAUCUCCUCAACGCGGUUACAAACGCUAAGCUCCUCCUCGAGCCACAUGACCUAGUACUCAUCGAUUUCACUAGCCGUGUGGACUUCUCUUCGUAUCCAGGACACUACGUGCUCUACUGGGAACUUGGUAGCAAAGUCAAGGACAAGAAGAUUGAUCCCGACACGAAGGUUUUGGAGGAAUGCUGCUUCACCGUUGAAGAGUCUCUAGACUCGGUGUAUAGAAAAGGACGUAAGAAUGAUAAGAACAUUGGACCGCUUGAGAUUAAGGUUGCUAGGAGAGGCGCGUUUGAUGAGCUUAUGAACUUCUUCGUGGCUCGAGGAACUUCAGUGAGUCAGUACAAGACGCCGAGAUCGGUGAAGAAUGAAGAAGCUUUGAAGGUAAUGGAGGCGACCGUUGUUUCCAAGUCUUUUAGCAGGAAGGUUCCGUCUUGGGAGUUGCAUGAACUGCAUUCCAGUCGAUAA